CUUUUUUUAUAAAAUCCCCGUGACUCGAGUCUCCUCCCUUGCUCAACCAAAACAGUGUCUCUGAAGAUAUUUUGUUUUUUGUAAGAGAGUUGCGAUGAUGGCGAUCAGAUGGUUGAUAUUUCCUCUUCUUGUAGUGAUUGCCUGUGGACUCACGGCGGCGGUCUUUGCUGAAGAGAGUCAGAGCACCGAGUCCAAGGAGUUCGUCGUAACUUUGGAUCACUCCAACUUCGAUGAAACUGUUAGUAAACACAAGUUCAUCGUCGUUGAAUUCUACGCGCCUUGGUGUGGCCACUGCAAAAGCCUUGCUCCAGAGUAUGAGAAAGCUGCAUCUAUUUUGAGUAGUCAUGACCCCCCUAUCGUUCUUGCCAAAGUUGAUGCUAAUGAAGAAGCAAACAAAGAUCUCGCAACCAAGUUUGAGGUUAGUGGGUUCCCCACACUUAAGAUUUUGAGGGAUGGAGGGAAGUCAGUUCAAGAAUACAAAGGACCCCGGGAUUCUGAAGGCAUUGUUGCUUAUUUAAAGAAACAGAGUGGUCCUGCUUCGACUGAAAUAAAGACUGCAGAAGAUGCUAGUGGUUUUAUUGAUGAGAAGAAGAUAGUUAUUGUUGGGGUUUUCCCAAAGUUAUCUGGAGAGGAGUUUGAGAACUUUGUGGCUGUUGCUGAGAAAUUGCGAUCAGACUAUGAGUUUGGUCAUACUCUGGAUGCCAAACUUCUUCCACGUGGGGAGUCAUCAGUGACAGGGCCUGUAGUGAGGUUAUUCAAGCCUUUUGAUGAACUUUUUGUUGACUCUAAGGAUUUUAAGGUGGAUGCUCUUGAAAAGUUUGUUGAAGAAUCUAGCAUUCCUCUUGUGACUGAAUUUAGUAAUGACCGGAGCUUGCACCCUUUUGUUGUAAAAUUCUUUAACAGUCCGAAUGCAAAGGCAAUGCUGUUUAUGAACUUCAGCAGUGAAGGUACUGAUUCUUUCAAAUCGAAAUAUCGAGAAGUUGCUGAACAAUAUAAAGGACAGGACAUCAGUUUUCUGAUGGGAGAUCUUGACGCUAGUCAAGGUGCCUUCCAAUACUUUGGACUCAAAGAAAGCCAAGUUCCUCUCAUCAUUGUACAGACAACUGAUGGGAAGAAGUAUUUAAAGCCUAAUUUGGAGGCUGAGCAGAUUGCACCUUGGAUGAAGGAAUACAAGGAAGGUAAAAUUCCACCGUUCAAAAAGUCUGAGCCGAUCCCUGAAGAGAACAAUGAGCCUGUGAAGGUGGUCGUUGCAGAAAGCAUUCAGGACAUGGUUUUCAAUUCUGGAAAGAAUGUUCUGCUAGAGUUUUAUGCUCCUUGGUGUGGACAUUGCAAGAAAUUGGCUCCAAUAUUGGAUGAAGUUGCGGUCUCUUAUCAGAAUGAUGCCGAUGUUGUUAUUGCAAAAUAUGAUGCAACUGCAAAUGAUAUCCCAAGUGACACUUUUGAAGUCCAAGGUUUCCCGACUGUGUACUUCAGGUCAGCUAGUGGAAAUAUUGUAGCUUACGAGGGUAAUAGGACCAAGGAAGACAUUAUCGAUUUCAUCGAAAAGAACAGGGAUAAAUCUGCUCCUCAAGAUCAAGAAUUUGUUAAAGAGGAAUCUUCUGCAAAAGAUGAACUCUAAAGAGUGGCAGCUUCUCUCUGUAGAGUAUACAGACAUAAGGAUGUUGUAUUGUGCUUGGCGGCUGUUAUGCCAAACAAUACAAGCAACAGAAAAAUGCCCCGUAGUUUUUGUUUUUAGGUUUACCAUUUGCAUGAAUAAAUAGGAGGCGUUUUCAGCAGUUUCGCUUUAGCCUAGUUGUAACAGUGUUUGGCUGAAGUAAAAAAGACGGUAAGUGAAAUGUAGAAGAGAUGUUUUUAAUUUAAUGUCAGUGGUUUUAAGUUUUCUUAUACAA